AUGGAUGAUACUUUAUUCAUUUCUCAAAGUAAGUAUGCUAAGAAUAUAGUGAAGAAGUUUGGCCUAGAAAAUGCUAGUCACAAAAGGACACCUGCAACAACUCACUUGAAAUUAACUAAGGGUGAAAAAGGUGUUGAUAUAAAUCAAAGUUUGUAUAGGUGUAUGAUUGGUAGUCUUUUGUAUCUUACAGUUAGCAGACCAUACAUCACUUUUAAUAUAGGAGUAUGUGCUAGAUAUCAGGUUGAGCCUAAAAUCAGUCACAUUACUCAAGUGAAGAGGAUCUUGAAAUACAUCAAUGGUACUAAUGAGUAUGGCAUGUUGUAUUCCCAUAGUUCUAAUUACAUACUUGUAGGGUAUUGUGAUGCAAACUGGGCAUGUAACGCUGAUGAUAGAAAAAGUACUUCUGAAGGAUGA